GCUAAACCGGUCGCGCGCGCUCUGACGUCACGUCCGGGUUUCUCUGUGUGGGGCUGGAACCGCUGUUGAAUUCAUAGCGGUAGCUUCACCGGCUGGGACCAUGGCGGCUAAAGAGAAUGUCGGUUUGAUCUUCAAGAUGUACUGCUUGCUGGUGAUGACCCUUGUGGCUGCCGCAUACACGGUCUUGUUACGAUACACAAGGACCGUGACCACGGCAAUGUACUUCUCUACUACAGCUGUGUGCGUCACGGAGGUGAUAAAGUUACUACUGAGCGUGGCUAUUUUGGCAAAAGAAACUGGAAGUUUCAGUAGGUUGAUGACCUCAUUAAAAGAAAAUGUAUUGGGGAGUCCAGCGGAGAUGCUUAAGCUGUCUGUGCCCUCACUGGUAUACGCAUUGCAGAAUAACAUGGCGUUUGUGGCCCUUAGCAAUCUGGAUGCUGCUGUAUAUCAGGUUACAUAUCAGCUGAAGAUCCCGUGCACUGCGUUAUGUACCGUUCUGAUGCUUCAGCGCUCUCUGAGCAAGCUGCAGUGGCUCUCGGUGUUCAUGCUGUGUGGAGGGGUUAUUCUUGUGCAGUACAGCCCAGCGGAGGCCACUAAAGUUCAAGUUGAACAGAAUCAUGUGUUGGGCCUCGGCGCGGUAGCGGUCGCUGUCUUGUGCUCUGGAUUCGCUGGAGUGUAUUUUGAAAAGGUUUUAAAGAGCUCCGAUACCUCCCUGUGGGUGAGGAACAUCCAGAUGUAUAUCUCUGGUAUCGUGGUGACAUUAGCUGGUGUCUACCUUUCUGACGGUUCACAGGUCAUUGAAAAGGGGUUCUUCUACGGCUACAAUUACCUCGUCUGGUUUGUAAUAUUGCUAGCGAGUGUUGGAGGACUCUACACAUCGGUGGUUGUUAAAUACACAGACAACAUCAUGAAGGGGUUCUCGGCUGCAGCAGCCAUUGUCCUUUCAACGAUUGCAUCAGUCAUGCUCUUCGGUUUACAGAUAACACUGACAUUCACUGCUGGUGCAGUCCUUGUGUGUGUCUCCAUUUACACCUACGGACUACCAAGAAAAGACACAACCAAACUGGACAUCAAAGAACCCAGCAAGACUGAAAGACUGAUCAAUGUAUGAUGUUCUUCAAGCAGACUUGGACUAUCAAGGAAAGAAAACAAAUACACAACAAACUGUAUUCUUUCCCCCCUUUUCUUCAAUCGAGAAGAUGCGACA